UCCGUCUCUGUAUAGUUCACCUAGCAGUAUGGCCCAGGCAACGCAAAAGCUGGUCAAGGCUGUGACCGUAAGGGUCCCUCAGCUAAUUAGCGCUGCUGUCACAUAUUCCCGUCCUCGCUUGUCUACUUUCUGGUACUAUGCCCGGGUAGAGCUAGCUCCCCUAAGUCCUGCUGAAAUCCCAAAAGCCAUUGAAAGUAUUAAGGGACUAGUGAAAUCUUUCCAGGGUGGCCGCUGGUCACAGCUUACAGUCAGGGAUGCCACACGGAAUGGGCUUGUUGCCACAGAGGUCCUAAUGUGGUUUUAUAUUGGAGAAUGCAUUGGGAAAGGUGGCCUGGACGGAUACAAUGUGUAAGACAUCUUGUGUUCACCAUCUGAAUCCUGUACCUACUCCUUUCACCUAACAUCUUGGACUGAAUAAACUGCGGAGAUGAGAUCUCUGUGCAACUCCACAGAUUA